AUGUCAACAAGUAUUUCUUUUAUCACAAGCAACAAGGGAAAGCCCCUUUUAGUAUAUGAUGGAUAUCUGUACAAGUUGAAUAAAGCAACUGAGAAAGUGAAAUAUUGGACUUGUCAAGAACGUACGUGUAGUGCUAGUGUUCAUACAGAUUCUGAUGAUCAAUUUAUAAAAAGUAAAGGUAAUCAUGGUAGUCAUUUACCAUCACCCGAGGAAAUAGAAUGGAGAAUGUUCAAAAGUGUAGUUAAAAGAAGAAUAAAAGAAGAAUCAAUUGCAAUUGGUUUAAUAUAUGAUCAAGAACUUGCUCGUGCACAUUUUUCUCAAGCUGGUCUAGCAGUUAGUUUAUCAUCACAAGAAGCUAAAUCAUCACUUAAUAAACUUCGUCGUAAAACAACACCUAUAUUACCUGAUUCAAGUGAUUUUGAUAUACCAGAUUUAUAUUCAACAACAAUUGAUAGUCGGGUGUGGAUGUGGGGUGUGGGUGUGGGUGUGGGGUGGGUGGGUGUGGGUGUGGGUGUGGGUGUGGGUGUGGGUGUGGGUGUGGGUGUAGGUGUAGGUGUGGGUGUGGGUGUGGGUGUGGGUGAGUGGGGGUGUGGGUGAGUGUGGGUGUGGGGUAUGGGUUAAAAGAAGAACCACACCCACAACCACACCCGCAUCCACACCCCACACCCACACCCACAUCCACACUCCACACCCACAUCCACACCCACACCCUCAAGAACUUAAGUUCGAAUAUCAAUGCAUUAUUUAAGAUUACAAUUUUUCAAAAUCAUAAAGAAAUUGAUAAUUAUUUUUCGAUUACCUGAUUAGAUUAUUCACAGUUGUCGAUUCCAUACGUCAGUAAUGUGGGAGUAAAUCCGCCUUAAUCAGUCGAUCCUCCUCAUAGUAACAUUUAAAGCCGCAACAGUGCAGCAGUAUUAACAACAACGAUACCAAUAGCAACAGCAAUGUUCUAAAUUGUGUAUUUAUUUAUUAAUUAAAUAUUUGUAUUUUUAUGUACUUAUUAAUUUAUUUAUGUAUUUAUUUUUUGUAUAUUCCUGUUCAUUUUGAGCACAAUGUAACUCCUGAAGAUGUGCUCAGAAGAGUGCGAAAGCUUGAGAAAUAUUUUGUAAAUUUCCGAUAGAAAUAAAUGUUUUUUUUACAGCAGUUCUCUCCUUUUUUUUUAAAGUAAAUUAUCAUAAUUUACAUUUAUUCGUAAAUGUAAAUUAUGAUCAUUUACCUUUAUUCGUAAAUGUGAAUUAUGAUCAUUUACAUUUAUUCGUAAAUGUACAUUAUGAUCAUUUACAUUUAGAAAUAAAUGUCAAUUAUGAUCAUUUACAUUUAUUUCUAAAUGUAAAUGAUCAUAAUUUACAUUUAUAACCCACGAAAAAAAAUAUCUAGAGAGAACGCGUUUCAAUGCGUUUGAAUGCAUGAUUGAAAAACGUACGCGUUUUUCUU